GAUCCUCGGAGGGUGAUGCAAUCUAAUAAAAACUUACCCACCGACUCAAACAGUUCACUUUCUGAAUUUUGGAGAUGAACACACACCAAGUGCAUUUCAAGGUCAGGUAUCUGUGAGUGAAUGGGACACCAGUACAAGUUGAAUGUUAGUUUUAUCAUGAAAAUGAAAGUUCUUUUUAAAUUUCAUUCAUGUAUGCUGGUUAUGUAAGUUUUAUUAGUGAGCAUUUAUUUUAGAAAACAUCAAUGGGUGAUGAACUAAAUGUUACAUAUAUAAGUCUUGGUGGUCAUGUGGAAGUGCAGAAAUACAAAUAUCUUUAUUUUUGGAUCAUAUUUACAGUAUAUAUUCUAAUAAUCUGCUUUAAUUUCACCAUUGUGAGCCUUAUUUGGAUACACAACAACCUCCAUGAGCCCAUGUAUAUUUUCAUUGCAGCUUUGCUACUGAACUCUGCUGUUUUCAGCACUGCUAUGUACCCAAAGUUGUUAAUUGACUUUUUAUCCGAAAAACAGAUCAUAUCAUAUUCAGCCUGUCUCUUUCAAUUUUUUCUAUAUUACUCCCUAGGUGGUUCAGAAUUCUUACUGUUGUCAGUCAUGGCCUAUGACAGGUAUGUGUCUAUAUGUAAACCUCUGCAAUAUCCAAAUAUCAUGAGAAAAACCACAGUGAGUAUCUUCCUGGUUUUAGCGUGGCUUGUGCCUGCUUGUCAGAUUGCAGUCCCAGCAAUACUGAGUGCUGAAACUAAACUUUGUAAAUUAACUUUAAAUGCAAUUUUUUGUAACAAUUCAAUUUACAGUCUCCACUGUGUAAGUUCAAGAGCACUUUCUAUAUUUGGUGUUGUUGCUCUGCUAAACAUUGCGCUUCUCCCUGUGCUCUUCAUAAUUUUUACAUACACCAGGAUACUUAUAAUAUCCUAUCGAAGUUGUAGAGAAGUCAGGACAAAAGCUGCACAGACCUGUUUACCCCACCUGUUGGUUCUAAUAAGCUUUUCCUUUUUAUGUGCAUAUGAUGUCAUUAUAGUUCGACUAGGAUCAGAUUUUCCAAAAACUGUACGUUUAAUAAUGACUUUACAAGCGGUUUUGUAUCAUCCUCUCUUCAAUCCCAUUAUAUAUGGACUAAAAAUGAAAGAAAUCUCUAAACACCUGAAGAGGUUGUUCUGUCAAACCAAACUGAUCUAAUGUAUUAAAAGUGAUGUUACAAUAAUAGUGAUGUUAGUGAUGCUAAUGUGCAGUCAUUUCCAUAAUAAUAAUAAUAAUGCAGAGAUGUGAAUGCUCUGAUCUUUGGAAGGUAUUUAAUGUAAAGAUUUGUUUCCAUGCUUUGAAAAUCCUUUUCACUAUUCAUCAUAGAAAUAAUAACGAGAGUCUUUACUGUCUAAAGAGACUCUUUACUGUUUGUUAUGGAAACAGCAAAGAGCUUGAACAAUGUAAUGGCUGAUCAAUUUGCUGUAGUUAUUAGUUAUUCAAAAAAUAUCCUUUUAUUAUACAUUAUCAAAUCUUCACAACUUUCAUUCAGACUUUUUCACUGUGUUUUACUUUGCUAUUAUUAAUUCAAUUAUCAAAAUUGAACCCUGUUUACAGGUAAUGACACUUAUAUUAGUAUAAUUUGCUCUGGGUGUACUAAUAAAGUUAAAUAUUGAAAUUCA